GUAGUACACUCGAAGUUAAACUUUUGAAGAAAUCUUGGAUCAACUCUACGCAAUGGCAGACAAAGCAGCUUCAUCGCCUGUUGUGGCAGCUUCGGCAGAAUCAACCCCAGCUUCAAGUGGAACUCCGAAAAAAGCGGCCGCCGCGAAGUCGACCAAACCUCGUGCUACGGCGACGCACCCUAAGACCGCUGAGAUGGUCAACGCCGCCAUCGUCGCUCUCAAGGAACGCGGUGGAUCGUCUCUUCAGGCCAUCAAGAAAUACAUGGUUGGAACGUACAAAGUUGAUGCUGAAAAACAAGCAACUUUCAUCAAGAAGUACUUGAAAAUCGCAGUCGCAUCCGGCGCUCUCGUCCAAACCAAGGGUAAAGGUGCUGCUGGGUCGUUCAAGAUCGGAAAGGUUAAAACUGACAAACCCAAAGCUAAAGUCGCUGCCAAGGCUAAGGCUCCCAAGAAAUCUCCUGCUGCGAAGAAGCCCGCUGCAGCCAAGAAGCCAGCUGCCGCUAAGAAAGCACCAACGAAGAAAGCCGCUGCUGCCACUGCUAGUCCCAAAAAGAAGGCAGCAUCCAAAGGACCCGCAGCCAAACCGCCGAAGCCCAAGACGACUAAGGCUAAGCCAGCUGCUGCCGCCGCUGCCAAAUCACCUGCCAAGAAGUCUAAGCCUACGAUGGCUAAGAAAACGAAACCAGUCGCUGCUGCAACGAAGAAAGUUGCACCUAAAAAAACUGUUGCCGCCAAAAAGUGAAUUUCAUCACUUUUGCGGGACACCAGAACUCGAACGGCCCUUUUCAGGGCCAAAAAUUAAUUUCAAACGUUGAAACUUCUGAUCACUAAUUUUCAUUAACCCGAUCCUUAAUAAUUUGAACAUGCUCAAUUGAAUUCUACUGAUUUGAGUUUUGCACUGACCGGAAAUUGCAGUCAACAGUGUAAUGUUCAUUUUUAUAGUUUUCUCAAAACGCAGAAAUCGAUUCUUCAUGAAAAGAUGUUUC